AUGUAUACUUUAGUGGAGCAAGUAUUCUCUGAAGAGUCUGACGAGGGAGGCGGCGUUGAUGAGACAGCGCCCCCGAAAUCGGCACGCGGGCCAGAUAUCGAAUUCCCAUUGAAGAGAAAAGAUAUUGACUUGCUGAUUGAGGCGUUCCGAAAGAAAAAGCAUCGCUUGCACCCGAAGCACGUCGCUCAAAUAUUGAAAGAGGCCUCGCAGACUUUGAAACGGUUGCCCAAUAUCAAUGUUGCUACCACCUCGAUAUCCAGUCAGAUUACAAUCUGUGGCGAUUUGCAUGGAAAACUGGAUGACUUGCUGGUUAUAUUCCAUAAGAAUGGUCUACCAUCUCCUGAGAAUCCAUAUAUUUUCAACGGUGACUUCGUGGAUAGGGGAAAGAAGAGUUUGGAAGUGCUGCUCCUGCUUUUGUCAUGUAUGUUGGCAUUUCCUGGAGGAGUUUACCUCAACCGGGGUAAUCAUGAGGAUCUCAUUAUGAAUGCUAGAUACGGCUUCAUAAGAGAAGUUCAUCAGAAAUAUAAGCACAACGCUGAGCGUCUCCUCAAACUAAUUGAGAACGUGUACCGCUGGCUGCCUCUGGGAACCAUUAUCAACAAUCGUGUGUUCGUAGUCCACGGAGGAAUCUCUGAUACCACAGAUCUGGAUAUGGUGAAGAGCCUUGAACGUGAUAAGUACGCGUCAUUGCUGCGACCACCAGUGGCUGAGGGCGCGGCUCCAGGUGCCGAAACCAUUGAUAAGGUGGAGUGGAAACAGGUAUGUAUUACACAUAAAAUUAUUAUUCCUGUAAUAAAAUGA